AUGCAACAAGCUCGUCACCCGGAAAUCCAGGUGGUCAUUCCAGACCAUGGCAGCUCUAGCUUCAACGGUGCUGGCGAACGGCUCGCCAAAGCACUGUCGGUUGAUGAGGCACUUCAGUUCUCUCCUAUGACCAGUGCCCCUGUCUUUGGCCUAGACUCUAUUUUCCGCCCUGACGUCGGUCAACCUUCUCUCGCAAACUUAUCUAGCACCCAUGAUCGCAAAGCCGCAGGCGCAAUUAUCGACGCCCUCGAUGACGAAACUCAAACAGCCGCUGGCGAGUCCACCCGUCUCAAAACUACUCGCCAGUAUCUACAGGAGAUAUUGAGUGGAGGUUUGACUGAAUAUGAGUUCAAGCUGCCACCAAGGCCCCGACAAACCCAUAAUUCCCUGAAAUCUCAACUUCCAGACUCAGAGUCCUUGAGUCGCGGUCACCUUGGUCCAUUCGCAAAGAUGAUGCUAGACAACACGGACGUUCCUUAUCGAUACCCAUUGCUUAUUACUCCAAGCCCGAAGAAUGAGCUUCCAGUAUCAAAGCCUUUGUCGUCGCCCAACUUAAUUGAAAACUCUUCCCCAAAAAAUCCUCCCGAAUCUAGACGCCAGAGUGAAGUCAAGCCUCCCCUUGGAUCGCAAGAUAGUAUGCCGAAGCCUGUUAUUAUAGUUCCAUCGUUACCUUUGUCAUCACAACCUGACGAAUAUGUUCAUAUCAACGAGCAAGUUCCAUCAAAACGGAGGAAGUUGAAUUCUGAUGAUUCUGAUAAAUUAACCGCUUUACGCAUGAAAGAUCAAAAGGAGGAGGCAGACACUGCCUUGGUAAAAUUGCAAGGGCUUUUACAGGAUGUCUUUGAAGCAGAGGAUCAGCUUGAGCCAGAUACAGCCACCACUGAAGCACCACUAUCUAGCAAAAUGUUCAGACUCCCGAAAGCUACAGACGAUCUUGGCCCGGUUUUGUCUUCUGAAACGCAUACCCUGCUUCAAGCUGCGAUACAGAAGGUAACAGACUAUGGGAGACUGCGAGAUAUUCCCACAGAAUAUCUAAACCGCAUUCAAAGACUCUGCGAGCCUCCUGUCAUCUCAGCCCAGACCACGGAUCUUAAACUAGAACAUGUUCCCUCAGAUGAAGAUGCAGAAAUCUGGCUUAGGAGGCUUGAAGAUGUGCGCAACGCCCUUUUGGCAAUAUGCACUUUGCUUCAAACGAUGUCGGGGGAGGUAACGAUAAACGAUUUAUGCCCAGAAGAUGUUAUACAAGCCAUUCCAAGUGUUCUAAAUCAUGUUUUUGAUGACUGUCUUAUCCCGGCUAUUGAAUGCCGGCCAACUGGCAGGGAUGCAGAACUAUUUACUUUCUUCUCCUCUCACAAACAAAUUAUUGCUGGCCUGGUUCACCAGACGAAGAGAGUACUAAACCUUCUUGCUCGUUUCCUUUCCAACGUUGAUGUCGCGGAAGGGACUAUCACGGCAACAGAAUUCCUCGCUACGAAACUAAUUUUUGUAGAAAAUGCUCAUAGUGAUAGAGAUUCAACACUGGGUUUCCAAAAGUUUGAGGCUGUUAGGAGAGGUUCUAUGGACGUCUUGGCAAAAAUCUUUGCGAAAUAUCCAGAGCAACGCUCCUUCAUCCUCGAUGAAAUCUUGGUAUCGCUAGAGAAGCUCCCAUCCACAAGGCAGAGCGCGAGGCAAUUCAAACUCCUAGACGGGAAACAUAUUCAAUUACUUUCUGCUUUAGUGAUGCAACUUGUGCAAACUACGGCUCUACAAAAGUCAAUGAAAGGUUCGAGGAAACCGAAGCGUCGUUUACCUCUUCCAAAGCUUGGACAGGACAAUGGAUCUGAAAGCGACGAAGAAGCUGACGAUGAGCCUGAAGAUGAGGGACCAAAAAGAGGCACAGCACUAGAGUUGCUGUCAAACAAGGUCGACCCUCUUUUCGAUAAUGCAAUCCGUAGUGCACAGUAUAUUACGAGAUUCAUUGUUCAACGCGCGAUGACAUCCACUAAAACCGGUGAUCAGCCCUACCGAAAUCUUUUGGACCUUUUCACAGGAGACUUGAUCAGUGUUCUCGGUUCGACUGAUUGGCCCGCUGCCGAACUUUUGUUGAGAGUUCUUGCAUCGCAAAUGAUUGGACUUGCAGACCAUGAUAAAAGUCCAGCAAACGCAAAAAAUAUGGCCCUCGAGUUGCUGGGGUGGAUGGGAUGUGCGAUCUCUGAUCUCACGUCUUCUGUACAACAUUUACUUCCCAGCAUAGAUGAAGGUGAUUCGGACUUAAUUGAUCACCUACGACAACUGUUUGAUGAGCAUCUUAAUAGAUCCUUACAUGUAGAGGAUAUUCUUGUCAUCGAUGGGCCGCACCGUAUUGUUCUCGAGUACCUCCAGGAAAGGGAUGUUGGGAAUUGGCAGCUUGCUAGCGCUCGCGGCUACUUUCUUGCGCAAUGGGCGAAAACCGUGUGCAGUUUUUAUUACGAUCCGGAAGAUAAAGGUAAUAUUUCCGAAGAUGAAUCGGUGGAGGAGUUUGCAAGGACCCUGCGUAAUAUGCUAUCUGAUCCCAGAUGGCUAGAAUCUCACAGAGAGUUCGAUCGUAUCGCCGCAAAUCAUGCCCGUUUUGCCUAUCUUUUAACGGUUCUUAAUAUGGGAUUUUGCAAAGCAUUUGAUAAAAUCCUGAAGGUUCUUUUAAACUCCAUCACCAGUGACCAAGCUAAGGUGCGAAGUCGGAGUUUGAAGAGUGUAAUUCAGAUGCUGGAGAAAGAUCCAAAUCUUCUUGAUCGUGAUAACACUGUGAUGCCGCUAAUUCUGGGAUGUGCAUCUGAUUCUUCUCCAAUGGUUCGAGACUCUGCGCUCUCCCUCAUUGCGAAAUGCAUCACACUCAAACCGGCACUUGAGGAGGAUGGCUGCCGUACCAUUUUGGCCUGUUCGGCAGAUCCCACGGUUGGCGUUCGGAAGCGUUGUAUAGGCUCUCUGAAGGAUAUCUAUCUUCAGACGUCUCGUAAAGACCUGAAAAUCGCCAUUGCUGAUAACUUACUUCAACAAAUCACCGAUUUCGAAAGUAGCGUUGCUGCCCAGGCACGUCAGGUUUUGGAAGAAAUAUGGUUCUCUCCGUUCCACCAGUCGAUCAGCUCGAUACACGAUUCACCUCAAACAAAAGUGUCACUAGGAGAACUAGUUGAUCUCAUCGUUGGUUCCGUGGAGAAAAGUGAUCUUGGAGUUAUCACGCUUGAAAAAUUUGUCAAAUCUGUACUCUCCGAAGACACAAAGGCAGCCUCCGCCAAUUUUGAAGUGUGCAAAUCAGUCGUAGCCACAAUGUUUGAGCGAAUCAUAGACCACGCAGAUUCUUCCAAUAAACCAAGUCUCCAGGCACUUCUUCAAUCCAUUACUGUGUUUGCCAAAGCUAAUGCGAAGCUAUUCACUCCUGACCAAUUAGAAACACUGCAUCCCUAUAUUGGUCAUCUUUCUACUGCCGAUGACCUCCUCCUUUUUCGAUCUGUUGUUGUCAUAUAUCGGUGUGUUCUACCUUGCCUUUCUACUGCGCACAAUACUCUUCUCAAAGAGGUGCAGAAUGAUCUCUUCAAGAGUGUCUCGAAAUUGGCUAGGACUGAGCUUAAUGAGGUUAUGGCGUGUCUUUGGACAGUUGACAGAGUUCUACAAAAUACAGAACGUCUUGUUAAGCUUACUAUAUCAGUACUUAAGGGUAUUGCCCAAGCCAAAGCUCUGAAUUUCGAUGAGUCUUCGACAGCCGACGCCCUUGGAAGGGUGAGAAGUUAUAUUCGAAUUGCAGGUUGUGUUGGGAAGCAUUGUGACCUGGAGAAGUAUUAUAAUUUUUUCAGGCAGUCUUUCCCCACCGCGCGGGCUACCUCUGUCUCUGGUUUAAUGGUUGACUUUAUAGCCCCUUUUGCUCUUCCGCAGUAUCCACUUGAGCUGCGAGUAAUGGCUUUGGAAAGUUUGGGCUCAAUUUGCCAAACAUGGCCUGCUCAGUUUAGUGAGGAACAAGCCAGAGUUGCACUAUCUUCUGUGUUUGAUGAAGAUAACCCGGAUUUGCAAAACAUUGUGCUGAAAUCAUUUCUAGAGUUCUUCUCUGUUCAUGAAGGGAAGUCCGAAAAGCUGAUACAGACCAAUGAUUCAGCCGUAGAUGCUGAAAAUUCUACAAGAUUAGCGGGCUCCCUGAAAGCAAGCGAAAACGACGGUGCAGCGGCGUUGAUUGCGCAACACUUUCUCCAAAACAUGCUCCACGCCGCACUUUCGAAGCAAGAUGCAUAUGCAUUAACAGCUAUCGAAUUGAUCGCAAGUAUCAAUCGCCAAGGCCUUAUCCACCCCAAGGAGUGUGCCGGAGUGUUGGUUUCACUUGAAACGUCGACAAAUCCAACAAUCAGCAAAAUAGCCUUUGAAACGCACAAAAUGCUGCACGAACAACAUGAGUCCAUGUUUGAUCGAGAGUAUAUGAGAGCUGUUCAGGAUGCAUUUUAUUACCAGCGGGAUGUCGUUGGGGAUCCAAGUGGGGCUUACAGUCGCCCAUACACUGCGAAGCUCGCACCCCUUUUCGACAUUAUUAAAGUCAGCAAUAGCAAAUACCAAAGAAAAUUCCUGACCAAUCUUUGCUCGAAGGUUGAUUUUGAGCUUCGGAAACUGGACGUGUCGAAUAACCCCCCGGAGCACUUACUCCUCGCGAGAUUUGUUUCUCAAAACAUAGCCUUCUUUGAGUAUGGCCAAAUUGCGGAAAUUAUCCCGACGAUUGCCUGCAUUGAACGUAUAGUUGCCGCAACUGGAACUAUUGUAGCGCAUGCGAUCGAGACAGAUUUGUUCCAACAAACCAUUCAGCCAACAAAUGGCAAUGAAAGCACUGCGGAAACUCAUGUUGACAAUAGUCCGGCUGCUGCCGUCGACGCUCCCGACUCACCCACUGCUCCAUCCCAAGUUCCAGUUCACGAAUCUAUCGAUAUGCUGUUGUUGAGACAACUGACUACUGCAGCUGGGUCACUCUUGAUGCUCUGGGAAGCGCGAUCUUACCUCCGCCGCCUUUACGGCAUCAAUUUCCAUGCACGACAAAAAGAAGGGAAGGGUCAUGCCAAAGAGCUUAAUCGGGCACCGGCAAAGGUCCAAGGUGUCAAUGGCGACCGGGUUUGGGAGACCGUGUCAAAUCUCAUGCAUUGCCUUGAUAGUACUGAAGCAAUGAUGAGUACAUGCCGGGACUUUGCGAUGUUGCUUUCGAUUGAUGAUGAGCUUAAAGUUGCGGGAGAGGAUGAUAGGGACAGCCAUGACACCACGGGCGAAGGUGACGAUAUGAGCGCCCUCCUUGCGGCCACCAGCAGUUCAAAGCCUGGAAAGCGCAAAUCGUCCGUUUCGGGAGGUGGCACUCCCAAGAAGAAGCCUAGGGGGAGGUCCGCUGGCAAAAAGAGAGUAAGCACUGACCUGGAAGACGGGCUGGGCAGUGAUUGA